CCGGCCGCGCGCCAGCCGUCUGGCCUCACACCCAUCUUCACCCAGGGGCCUGGCGUGUCAGGCCGGUCAAGUGGGAGGAAGAGCACAACCACGAAGAGCAAGAGUGUAGGCAUGACACCCGGCGGAUCGAACGGUCUAAAUACCCCGCUCAAGAUGAGAUCAGGCGAUAGAAGUACAGCGAUCAGUCCUGCAUUGAAGCCUAUUCUCCCUGGAGGUCUUUCGGCGGAGGCGGUGCAACAUCUUUCCCUCAAAUCCAACUACCAAAAUAUCCUCGAGGGCCGCGCCUCAGACCUGGGCAUCACACUGGGCAGCGACGGUCACGGAGGGAUGGAGGUACGCAAGACAUCACACAAGGCUGCAGAGCAGAAGCGGCGGGAUAGUCUCAAAGCUGGAUUUGACGAUCUACGCUUGUUACUUCCCCCCAUUACGAUCGAUCCUGAGGAAGGGGGGGAGCAUAUUCCUGGUACGGCACCGCCUAGAGGACCAGCAAGGAACGUACCCCCAGGCGGCGAAGAUCACCCGAAUCGCGGGGUGUCCAAGCUCGCCCUGCUCAGACAUUCUAACGAAUACAUCGUCAAGCUCUCAAAACGGAUCGAACGGCGGGACGCGGUUCUAAC